CCCCCAGGGGGUGGGGUGGUGGGGAAACUUCUUCUUCUCCCCUCUUCAAACAAUGGGUUUAAAAGUAAUCUUGUAAUUGCAGUCUUCUUCAUCUGCAUCCAAUUUUAAUUCUCCCUCAUACUCGUAAGGUGAAAGUUCUUGAAAUCUUUAUGCAAUGGGGGUUUGUCUGGGAAAGCCUGCUAAACUAGCACAUGCUUCUUCUGGACAGUUCUUGGAUAAUAAGCGUCCAACUGGCAGUUCCGAGCAGAAUCAAGCCACUUCAUUGAGCCAGCCAAACCAUUCCGGCUCAUUAUGCACUGCCCUUUUAGCAUCUAAAGGUCUUUCCAGCAAUCUCAAAUCCUUUACCUUCGGUGAUCUCAAGAACGCCACCAGGAACUUCCGGUCGGAUAGUCUUCUUGGAGAGGGGGGUUUCGGCUACGUCUUCAAAGGAUGGAUAGAUGAGCACACGUUUGCCCCAAGCAGACCGGGAAGUGGAAUGGUGGUGGCCGUCAAAAAAUUAAAACCGGAAAGCUUUCAAGGGCACAGGGAAUGGCUUACGGAAGUUAACUACUUAGGCUUGCUGCACCAUGAAAAUCUUGUCAAGCUAAUUGGCUAUUGUUCAGAAUCCGACCAUAAGCUUUUAGUCUAUGAAUACAUGCCGAAAGGAAGCUUGGAGAAUCAUCUCUUUAGAAAAGGAGCUCAACUCAUGUCUUGGGCAACACGGAUGCGUAUUGCAGUUGACGUUGCACGAGGGUUAUCCUUCUUACACAGUCUAGAUGCCAACGUGAUCUACCGGGACUUAAAGGCAUCAAAUGUACUUCUUGAUGCGGAAUUCAAUGCAAAGCUUUCAGACUUUGGCCUUGCAAGGGAGGGUCCUAAAGGAGACAAAACUCAUGUUUCUACCCGGGUUGUGGGCACUCGAGGUUACGCUGCACCAGAAUAUGUAGCUACAGGUCACUUGACUCCAAAGAGCGAUGUAUACAGCUUCGGAGUUGUUCUAUUAGAGCUGCUAUCAGGAAAACGAGCAACGGGUGACGAUAAUGCCGGAGGGGCUGAGGAAAGCUUGGUGGAUUGGGCAAAGCCAUUCUUAAGUGACAAUAGGAAAGUGUUGAGAAUCAUGGACUCAAGGUUGGGCGGUCAGUACUCUAAAAAGGGCGCGCAAGCUGCUGCAGCCCUUGCACUGCGAUGCCUCCACACUGACCCCAAGUACCGGCCACCCAUGACGGAGGUUUUAGCUGCACUCGAACAACUUCAGGCGUCAAGGGAAGUUCCCAAGAUUUUAGCUCCAGCCGACAGGGAAAUCAGUAUGAAUGAGUUCAGCCCUCAUACGACCGUGAGAGAUGUCAGGCAAUCAAGGUAGCUUACUCGCAAAGGUUUUUGGUGCUGGCUGCUAUAUACACAUACAUCAUACAUUCAUACAUAUAGAUAAAACUAGAAAGAGUCAAUUUUUGGCUUGUAUACCUUGCAAUAUGUGAUUUCUUUGUAUGGGGAGAAGCAACCUUAUGAAUGUAUAGAGUUCCUACAUAUACACAUUUUAGCAGGUCUUACUGUAAUUAGUUUGUCAGCAAAUACAUGAAUUCAUAUUCUUCCACAA